UUCACUGAGGGGCAACCACUUAUACAUCAGUGCAAAUCCACUUUGCAGGUCUCAGCUCUCUACAAAGAUCUUAAGAUGACCAUUAACACCACAGUAAACACGGCAACCUGUACGACCCGAGGAGGAUACCCCGAACCUGAGGUGACAUGGACUGGUCAAAAUCAAUCCUGCACUGUGCAGCUGGUUGGUAACAUGUCUCUGCUGAAGGAUCCAACUGAGAAAACCUUCUCUGUCACGAGUACCGUCAGCAUCAAAGACUUAAAGCAUGUAACCUGCUCCGUGUAUAAUCCUCGCUGCGACCAGCGCAUUAACGCCACCGCACCGAUUGAUGGUCCUGAUGAGGACACAUACAUACAUAUAUGGGUACCAUUAGUUGUUAGUGUCAUAGUGAUUGUCACAGGGAUUGCUGUCUCCAUAAAAUAUAAAGAUCAGUUGAAGCAGAGGUGUCCGCAAGCAUGUUGCCGAGGUUACUCACUACCCGAUGCAGCUUCAGCUCAUAGUAACGAGACCAAACAUGAACAUGCAUCUUAUCGUUUCAAUCAGGGGCAAGAAGCUGAAGUGUUCUUAGAAAGCAGAGAAGAGUCUGAUGAACCACAAUCCAUGGAAAGGGAUGAAGAAUGUAAAGACGAGUCAGCACGCCUCAGUGAACCUAAAGUUGACAUAAAUAAAACGAAUAAGACGGCAACCUGUACCACAAAGGGGGGUUACCCUAAACCUGAAAUCACAUGGAUCAUUGAGGACGGAGUGAAUCAAACAGAACGAACACUGGAACCACACCAAGUACAGACGACUAUGACACCUGAAGAAGACGGCACUUACAGCAUCCGCAGCACAAUCAACGUCACAGUCACAAAGUCACAGAAAGUGACCUGCAUAGUUUACAACCCCACUUCAAACAAGACACAAAAACACUAUGCAAAAAUUCCUCCAGUAAACACACUUGGUGUUGGAGCUUUAGUUGGAGUUGGAAUUGGAAUAGUAAUUGCCGUUGUAUUUGCUGUUGGUAUUGGUGUGGCUGGUAUUAUUCUUUGGAGAAGGAGAAGCAGGAGAAGAGGAACAGAAGCAGAAAAUUCUGUGCGAUACCAUGCUGCUCCUACUACUGCAGGUCAAGAUGAUGAUGCUGUUGCUGCAGCUGGUCCAGGUGCUGGUUCGGGUGCUGGUCCUGGUCCAGGUGCUGGUGCUGGUUCGGGUGCUGAUUCAGAACAGCAAACAAACGAAAGUGACAAAGACAAAUAAGACUCAACAGUAUGAAUAGAGCAGGUGUUUUGUACUUUAACCUGUUCAGUACAGUGCAAACAAACUCUGGAACAUUUUCUCCAUUUGUUUCAGCUUGUUUUUGCUCUCAUUGGAAAACAACUGGACCAAGGAGAUCCAAAAAGGUGGUGAUACACCCUUAGUUGUUGAGACAUCUUAACUUAUAGGCAUCAUUUAAUGUAUUCACUUAUUGUGAUCAUGUUGUAAUAUCUUGUUAUCUUUUUGUUAUUACUGUCCAAACGAAGGCCUUUGGAUUCUUUUAGUGGUAUUUUAGCGCCUCCUAGUGGUGGUUUUGUUGAAACAAGUAAUUUCCAUGUGAUGUGAUGAAGCAGCCAUUUUCUCCUCAAUUAGAGAUGAGAAGCAGAGAUGUAUCUUAUCUGCUGCCAUCCUUUUGAUUAAGCUUGUGAAAGCAUCAUCUGAAAGUUUGUGUGUUACUUAACUUCAUAUUCUCAUCGUAUUUGGUGCUAUUUGUGAGAGGGAUGUUUUUAAAAACUUUAUAAGCUGUGUGCUCUAACUGCUGAAGUGGAACCUGUGCUUACACUCGUGCCGGCUGUUUCAAGUUUUGUUGUAUGUAAAGUGUAAAGUGAAUAAGUUAUUUAAUGUUAUCUACAUUUCUAGGUUUAUUUAAAAUGUACAUGGUAUGUAGCAGCUAAGCUACCUCGUCUCUCAUCUAAAGAAACGACUGAAAUGCUCAUUUAGUUUGUUUUUCUACUGUUACAUACUUGAAUCAUCGACAAACAGCAUCAGUUUUUGUAAUGUAUUGAGGUCAUUUUUGUUUCACUCAAUAUUAUGAUGGUUAUUGUGAUAUAUUAAGAAUCUAUUAUUUUAUUUCAUUUUCAUAGUUUUUAUAUCUCGUGUGACAUUAUUUUUACCGUUUACUGUCUUAUUCUUGGCUGGACAGUCAUCUAUUAAGUACUUUGAAUUGAACACUGUAAGAAGGGUACUAAUCAAAUAAGGUUUGACUGAUUUAUUAAAACCAUGUAAACCUGCUGGUGGGGCGUCAUGCAGGCAAUUUUGAGAGAGGUCACAGUUUCAUGAUAUACCUUUAAUUAUCUGCUUUAGUUUCUUUGUGAAUGAUAUAUAUUAGCAAUACUGAAUAAGAAAAUAUUAACAGAAAGGCUUUGAACUCAGGGUUAA